AUGGGCAAUCCGAUGGCCGCCAAUCUGAUCAAGGCCGGCCACCAGCUAACCGUUCACGACCUGCGUCGCGAGGCCGCAACCAACCUUCUGGAGAUGGGCGCCGAGUGGGCGGACAGUCCCAGGGAGGCCGUCCCGGGCAACGACGCGGUCCUAACCAGCCUCCCCGUUCCCAGGGACGUCGAGGCGGUAGUCCUGGGAGAGGACGGAAUACUGGAGGCCGCCGGUAACGGUACUGUAGUCUUCGAUCUCUCCACAAACUCGCCCACUGUCGUGCGGAAUCUGCACCAGGUCUGCGCCGCGAAAGGUGUGACUCUCCUCGACUCUCCAGUCAGCGGCGGAACCUACGGCGCUGCGGCCGGAACGCUGGCCGUGAUGGUGGGUGGAGAUCGCGCCACCUUUGACCGCUUCGAGUCUACCUUGGGGGCCAUAGGCAGCCAUGUGGUCUACUGUGGCGAUAUCGGGGCCGGCUCGGUCUGCAAGAUCUGCAACAAUCUGAUGAGCAUGGGCAUCGGCGUCCUGCUGUCCGAGGCCCUGACGCUGGGCGUCAAAGCUGGGGUUGACCUGGCCACUUUGGCCGAUGUCAUCGCCCAUAGUUCCGGCAGUUCAAGGCGGCUGACUGAGAAGUUUCCCCGGUUCCUGUUCCAGGACAACUUCGAGCCAGGCUUCGCCACUGCCCUCGCCGCAAAGGACGUACGCCUGGCCACUGAUCUGGGCCGCGAGUACGGAGUGCCCAUGGACCUCUCAAACCUGGUUGACCAGCGCCACGUGGAGGCGAUGUUCCGCGGCUUCGGCCCCGAGGACUCCGACGCCGUGGCCCGCAUCCAGGAAGAGAAGGCGGGCGUGCAGCUUCGCCUCAACGUGUAG